CCCGUGUAAAUUUUCUUCUGUAGAUUUCCUAAUUUCCCUAACUCUUAUCUCUUUGUCUGUAAAAAUGGGUGGUUCAGAAGUAGCUUGGCCUUGCAUAGUUGUUUAUGCUAUGAUGAUGAUCAGUUUGAUGCUUAACACACAGCAGAUACAUGGUGCAUUGCCGGCGAACACACAAAAGCUGAUCGACGAGGCCAACAAGCGUGGCCCUUAUCUAGGCUUGGUCAUUCCAAAUUCUUUUGAAAUGAACCCUCUUCUUCAGUCUCCGCACUUCACCUCAACUGACUUGAUCAUAGAUUUUUCCGGAAGGAGAUUUCGAUUUGGAACCAUUGCUAACAAGAAAGUCAUAUUAGUUAUGACAGGACUGUCAUUGAUUAAUGCAGGCAUAACCACUCAGCUUUUGUUAACCCUAUUCAAUAUAGAAGGAGUGGUGCAUUAUGGCAUAGCUGGCAAUGCAAACCCAUCUCUCAACAUUGCAGAUGUUGCCAUUCCUCAUUAUUGGGCCCACACUGCUCUUUGGAACUGGCAGAGAUAUGGGCAAGGGCCUGAAGAUGAGCUACCUCUUGAAGCAAAUGGAGACUACACAAGAAAAAUAGGGUACAUAAACGUUGCAAAUUACACAGUGAAUGUGACAGAUGGCAGCUCAUAUGGCAACCUGUUGAACAACAUUUGGUUUCAACCAGAGGAAGUCUUCCCCAUAGAUGGAACUCCAGAAGAAAGACAGCAUGCCUUUUGGGUUGCUGUUGAUCCCCACUACUAUGAAAUCUCCCAAAAAGUAGAGGACGUGAAAUUGGAAGGCUGCCUCAACUCAACAACAUGUUUGUCCAAUAUACCAAAAGUGGCAAGAGUCCAAAGGGGAGCAAGUGCAAGCAUUUACCUAGACAAUGCUGCUUAUCGUGGCUUCCUAUAUAACAAAUUCAACAUAAGCCCUGUGGACAUGGAGACUGCUUCUGUUGCCUUGAUAUGUCUCCAACAAAGGGUUCCCUUCAUAGCCAUCAGGGCGAUCUCUGACUUGGCCGGCGGUGGCUCUGCUGACUCGAAUGAGGCGGACAUGUUCACCCCUCUCGCUGCCAAGAACUCGGUUACAGUUGUUGUGGAAUUUAUCAAACAGUUAUCAGCUGCUGCUACCAUCUCUGUUUAAUAUUCAUGAUUUUGCUUCUUUUAUUACUUUUGUAUGCAACUUUUGUAAUUUUAAAUAAAUUGAGGGCCUUUUUCGAAAAUGGGACCCCCCUUGUUGCUGCUCUUAUUUGUUUGGGGCAACCCUUGCUUGCUGCUGCUCUUGUGCUGCCUCAUUAUGCAACUUUAUUAUUAUAUUGUCAAAGCAUUUAUAAGAA